GGCAUUUAUGUGGAUUCUGAGAGGAGCAAAAAAUAUAUUCUUGAAUCCGAUGUAUGGAGGAACCUUGUCCUUCCUUCCAUAAGUUUGAACCUGCGUGCGUAACGUGAGAAAUUCUUUGAUCAAAGGACUUGCACGAGCAAUGGCAGUUGCAAGCAAGGAGAGAAUCUGUUCAGAGGUCUUGAAUUUUUUUCCUGAAUAGCUCUCAGAAUACUUGACUUGGGUAGUUGGAAAAGCGUGUACAGGUGCGAUGAAAUUCUGCAGCACUCGUGGCGGAGAAUCAGGAAAGUCCUUUUCUGACGUCAUUAUCAAAGGGUAUGCGGAAGAUGGUGGACUCUACGUCCCGGAAGAAAUCCCAUCAAUUUCCGAGGAAACCCUCGCAAAAUGGAAAACCAUGUCUUAUCCGGAUUUAUGCGCCGCAAUUCUGGAUCUUUUCGACUCCGAUCGGCUUCUCGGAAGCAUCGAACAAAGCAGAGAAAGGUUCAGGAAUUGUUACGCGAAUUUCAAUCACCCGGAGGUCUUGAAAGUUGUCGAAUUUCCUGGGGACGGAACGAUGAUUGCUGAAUUGUUUCACGGACCAACACUGGCUUUCAAGGAUUUAGCCUUGUUCGGAGUUGCCAUGAUUGCCGACGAAUUACUAAAGAGGCGUCAAAGAAAAUGUCUUGCUGUUGUCGCAACUUCUGGUGAUACCGGAAGUUCGGCUGCAAGGGCUGUGGCCACGAUGGAAAACGGGUCCAUAAUAGUCCUUUUCCCGAAAAACUUCAUCACGAAGACGCAGGAACGACAGAUGACGACGAUAUCUUCGGAAAACGUUCACAUCGUCGAAGGAGAAGGGAAUUCUGACGAACUGGACGUCGUGCUGAAGGACCUGACGAGAGACGAGAAUCUCCAGCAAACCCACAACAUUGCCAUUUUCAACUCAAUCAACGUGGCUCGUAUCGUUCUGCAAAUUCCCUACUUCUUCUACUCGUACUUCCGGGUUAUCGAGAGCAAAGAAACGGGACUCGAUCACGCAGUUACUUUCGUCCUUCCAACCGGUGGAGGCGGAAAUCUUGCAGGAGGGGUUUUUGCAAAAGCGAUGGGACUUCCAAUUCGCUUCGUCAUCUGCAACAAUUCAAACGCGGCCAUGCACAACAUAAUUCAAACUUCAACCCUGUCAAAAUCUGCUGACGCUGCGGACGUUCAGAAGACUUUGGCCUGUGCCAUGGAUAUCAAAGUUCCGUACAAUUUGGAAAGGGUGUUCUACGUUCUUUCGAAGAAAGACACAAAAUCUGUGAAGGAAGUCAUGGAACUGUUCGAAGCUGCAGAAAAUUCGUUUGUGGCGACGGAUGAAGUAAUUCUGCAAACUAUGAAGCGGUGUUGGGUGAAGAACAGGGAGAUCAUUUGUCCGCACACUGCAACGGCUGUCGCCUUUUAUCAUCACCUUUUGGAUAAUCGCGUAGAUUUUCAGCAGCAGUUCGGAAGCAUUGUCUGUGUCGCAACGGCGUCUCCAGCUAAAUUUCCUGAAGCCGUGGAAAAAGCGAAAAUCGAUGCAAAAGUUUCGCAUCCGGUCAUUGAAGCUCUGGAUAAUCUUCCAGAAUUGAAUAAAACCCUCAUGAAGAGAGACGAAAACUGGCUGGAAUUCAUGAAGAAAUUCAUCAGCAAGCAUAACCUUUAACGAACCCUUGUAGUCCAAGAAUGUCGUCGAUUCCUAUAGUAAUUGUGUAGGCAAGGAAAUAAAUAAGAACAGUCCAAGUUCUGAAUCACAAACA